AUGUCCGUCCCGUGGUACAGCCACGAAGCGCCCCAACUCCAGCCCGAAUUCCGCGAGCUAAUCACCAACUACGCCAAUAUCCUGCCUCAAGACGUCGAGAAGCACGUCCAAGCCGUACGCGACAAGGCGUGGAGAGUGGCCCCCUUCCCCUGCGUGGGCUCGUACCUCUUCGCCGAGCUCGCCCUGAGCAAGCUCCCAGCCUACCCAGCCAUCCUCUCCCGCCUAAAGUCCGACCCAUCCAGCGUCUACCUCGAGGCAGGCUGCGGCCUCGCCCAGGACGUCCGCAAGCUCAUCGCCGAUGGCGCGCCCGCGGCCCAGCUGCGCGGGACGGAUCUUCAGGCCGGGCUGAUGGCCUGCGGCCACGACCUCUUCCGCGACGCCGAGGCGCUGCCCCUGGGAGAUGUGGCCGAUGCCGGUAAAGCCUUUGUCGCGGCUGACUUCCUGGACGAGUCGGACGCCUCGCCGCUGCGGGCGUGGGUGGGCGGCGCUGACAUCGUGCACGCGAGCAUGUUCCUCCACUGCUUUGAGCUGCCGACGCAGAGGCUUGGGAUUUAUGAUUGCCGGGUCGUGAAAGGGCACUACCGCGCCAUGCCAUACGCGGAGGCUAUGGUUCGGCGAGAAGGCAGGAUUGAGAGACUCGCGGCCGAGUUCAGGGGGCGUCAGGGCCCGAACGGUGUCCCGUGGAAGGUCAGGGUCAGUAGCAGGUGGUUGUGCGGUGCUGGUGGGGGGGAAAACGACGAGGAGAUCUUGGAGUGCUCGCAGGUUCUCAUUCAGCAGUUCACGGCUUCGACCAUGAAGGAGGAUUGA